AUGGCCUACUCGCCCGGCUCCCCCCUCUCCUCCAUCGCGUCCGACGACCUGACCGAGGACACCAAGCAAGACAAAGAUGGCCACUCACCCUCAGCAUCGAGCAUGCCACCCUCCAAACGCCGUCGCACGGGCGUCGCAUCCUGGGAUCAUCACACGCCCAUAUCCUCUAUCCAAGGCGAUCUGAUACCCACCUCCCCUUCGUCGAGUGCCAUCUCAUCCGACACCGACGGCGAAAUCCCCAACUCCCCUAGUCUCAUCGCAUUGAUUGGCGGUGGUCAGGACGACGACUAUAGCGGUCUUGGAGGUGACCAAGUCACGGCAUGUCGAUGGGAUGGCUGUGAGGCGGGCGAUUUGGGUAAUAUGGAUAAUCUGGUUAAUCAUAUCCAUGAUGAUCAUAUCGGGACGAGACAGAAGAAAUACUCCUGUGAAUGGAUCGAUUGCAGUCGCAAAGGGCAAACGCAUGCCAGUGGCUAUGCAUUGCGCGCACAUAUGCGCAGUCAUACUAGAGAGAAGCCAUUCUACUGCGCACUUCCAGAAUGCGACCGAAGCUUCACCCGCUCCGAUGCCCUAGCGAAACACAUGCGCACAGUCCACGAAACAGAAGCCCUCCGACCAUCAGACCCCGUGCCCAAAAGCCAACUACUCAACAACCUACCCAACGCCGCAACCCCAACCAACAAAGUCCAACGCAUCAAACUGAAACUCAGCUUCGGUCCCAAAGGCGAAGACACCGAAUCCUCCACAAACGGCGAAGGGGGAGGAGGAGGAGGAAGCCGAGUCGGAGACAUCGACGGCCAGGAAGCUGAACUAUUACCCGUACCAGAGUUCACUCCCGACCUGGGCUUCGAUGCGCAUGAGCUUGCUCUUCCGCCGAGUCAGCUAUAUCGACUGCUUCGCCGACAGGUGCAUUGGGCGGAGAUUGAGACUUCGAAACUCAAACAGCAGUGGCAGGACCUAGAGCCGAAACGGAAAACUGCAUUCUUUGAGAAGGAGGCUGCGCUCACAGAGGUCAUUGAUGCCGAGGGACGAUUGUCGAAAGUUGUCUCUGACGCGCAGCGUGAUGCUGAUAAGGAGACUGGGAAUGUGCAGGAUGGUGUUGAGGAAGUCGUUGCUUGA